AUCCCUUCUCUGACUCCUUCCGCGGACAGUCUUUCUGAGAAUUACGGCUAUGGAGCGUCGCAAAGAAGACGCCGAAGACCGCCUCGGGGAGAAAUUGACAGGUGAGCAUCGUGCGCCUGUGUUCCUAGUGGCGCGUAAACGGUGACCGACACUUCUACAGUGGGGAAAUCACCACGCACUCCCCGGACGUUUGGCUGGUCCAGCACCAGGGGUUGUACUUGAUCCCCGGCAUCAAUUCUCCCGAGGAAGUAGACCGGAUCCAGAGCUGGGAAAUCAGAGAUUCUGACAUCUUCCUCAUCACCUACCCCAAAUCAGGCACCAUAUGGAUGCAGCAGAUCCUUCUCCUCAUCGAGGCCAAGGGUGAUGUGAGUGCCGCGGCGGGUCGGCCUAACGCGGAGCGUAUGCCCUGGAUAGAGGUGCAGGGUGGCGAGAGGGGGUUUGUGGAGGCUCCCCUGUCCUCCCCUCGCCUGCGCGUCACACACCUGCCUUUCAAGCUGCUACCUGCUGGACUCAGGCAGAAGAAAGCCAAGAUUAUUUAUCUCGCAAGAAACCCCAAAGAUGUCUUGGUGUCGUACUACUUCUUUCACCACUUUGCAACAAUGUUGGAGACCCCGAAGAACUUCAGUGACUUCUUUGAAAAGUUCUUGGCUGGAUCAGUGUAUGGCAACACUUGGUUUGAGCACAUUAAGACGUACCACUCACACAAGGGAGAAAUGAACAUGCUGUAUGUCACAUAUGAGGACAUGAUUCAGGACCUGCGGUCUGUGGUGGAACGAGUGUGUUUGUUCCUGGAUAAAGACCUCAGCGACAGCCAAAUAGCCAGUGUGGUAGAGAACGCUCGGUUCCACAGCAUGAUGCAGAACCCUUGUGCAAACUACACACAAAUACCAGCCACACUCCUCAACCAUGAGAAGGGCUCGUUCCUCAGGAAAGGGACCAUUGGUGAUUGGAAGAACCUGUUUAGUGUGGCCCAAAGUGAACGCUUUGACAAGUUGUUUCAAGAAGAAAUGCUAGAUGUUCCACUUUCCUUCAAAUGGGACAUCCAGGAGUGAAAUGAUGCACAUGCACAUACGUGUACACAAAUAUAUUAAAGCCUCUCAAAUGUACAUAAGAUUUAAAUGUUUGCUGGAACAACGGAUCACAUGUAAUUAUAUCACAUUUUAUGCAUGUUUUGUCCAUAUAUACUGUUUGACACAGUAUUAUGUGGUUAUCAGAUAAUAUGUUCAACUGAAUCUUGGCCAGUACAACAUUGAUUAUUUAUUAUUUUGCUUCUGUGUUUAUCAAUUUUCCCAUAAUAAACCAAUUCCUUUACCAGAUGGCUACAUGCAUUUUGUCGGCUUGCUUCUGCCAUCAUCUGGUCAAGCUACAGUACUGCAACCUAAGCAUCCUUCCAGCAAUAUUCCACAAGGGAUCUUCACAUUCUGUACUUUGCAAUGACGGACAGCCUUACAAAUUUGAACCCACAGAACACGACAGCCUGAUCAAACCUCUAAAACUGGAACACACAGAGUUGUCAAAAUCUGUGCAGCUGUUAGGACUCUGUGCUAUGUGGGUUUUUUUUUGUCUCAAUUUUUUCGGGCUCAGACGUCAGGAGGCACAAUAGCAUUUAAUGCCCAUAAAUUAAUUAGUAAUUGGUGGUUGAUAUGCUGCAAUGAAUAAGCUUCCACUAAAAACACACAAACAAGCAAAAAUCCAUACGAUAGUGGCACUGCCUGGCAGCCCUGACGUGUGCUACUGCUGAAACAUCACUGAGGCACACCACCUUCCGGAGAAAGGGGAGAUAUACGGUGUGUGUGUGUGGG